AUGCAGGGAUCCAACCCGUACCAAGCUGACCUGCUUCGGGACGGCGUGCGGAGGUACCUGCAGCUGCCGGCGGACCGGACGGUCCUGAUACUGCACGCAAAAGUCGCACAGAAGUCGUACGGCAAUGAGAAACGGUUCUUCUGCCCCCCACCCUGUGUUUAUCUGUCCGGGCCAGGAUGGAAGUUAAAGCAGGAGCAGAUCAAAGCCAGGGCCGUGGGAGAGGACGGCUCGCGGGUGUGCGGGUACAUGGGGCUGGACAGCAUGGGCAGCAGCCUGGCGGAGACGCAGAAACUCACCUUCGAGGAGCAGGCGGACGCGAGGGGCUUCGGCUGCGCCAAGGCGCUCUACAUCUCGGACACAGACAAGCGCAAGCAUUUCCGCCUGGUCCUCAAGCUCUUCUUCAGCAACGGGCAGGAGAUCGGCACCUUCCACAGCAAACUCAUUAAAGUCAUCUCCAAGCCCUCGCAGAAGAAGCAGUCACUGAAGAACACAGACCUGUGCAUCUCCUCGGGCUCCAAAGUGUCGCUCUUCAACCGCCUGCGCUCCCAGACCGUCAGCACCCGCUACCUCUCCGUCGAGGGGGGAGCCUUCGUCGCCAGCGCCAGGCAGUGGGCAGCCUUCACCCUGCACCUGGGUAAGGAGCCUCGCGGGGCUGCUCCGUGCCGGCCCCGGGCCCGGAGCCGCCCUCAGCGCCCGCUGCGGAGCCGGCCCGGAGCCCCGGGCGCUAACGUGCCGCCCGCCCGGCAGAUCAUCCGCAAGGUGAGCAAGCAGUGUGCCAUGCUGGACGUGGACGAGCCCAUCUCGCAGCUGCACAAGUGCGCCUUCCAGCUGCAGGGCUCCGACCGCAUGUACCUGUGCCUCUCCACGGAGAAGGUGAUCCAGUUCCAGGCCUCCCCCUGCCCCAAGGAAGCCAACCGGGAGCUGCUGAACGACGGCUCGUGCUGGACCAUCAUCGGCACCGAGACAGUGGAGUACACGUUCAGCGAGAGCCUGGCCUGCGCCCGCGAGCCCGUCAGCCCCGUCCCGCUCAUCACCGCCCUGCAGCUGACGGGCGGUGGGGACGUGGCCAUGCUGGAGGUGCAGGGCGAGUAUUUCCACACACACCUGAAGGUCUGGUUCGGAGAUGUGGAAGCAGAGACGAUGUUCAGGAGCCCCAAAUCCCUGGUGUGCGUCGUCCCCGAUGUCUCUGCCUUUGGCAGUGACUGGAGGUGGCUGCGAUAUCCCAUCACCGUCCCGCUCCUGCUGAUCAGGGACGAUGGGCUCAUCUACUCCAGCUCCUUCACAUUCACCUACACCCCGGAGCAGAGCUUCCUCCCAGGGCAGCCGAUCCUCUCAGAUGUCCCACAGGACUCGGACAAGUUACUCGACAGCAUCCACCAGGAGUUCACCAGGACCAACUUUCACCUCUUCAUGCAGAGCUAG